AUGGCGGCGUUGAGGUUCGCGAUUCUCCGACUCCCGCGUUUUGCAACGGGAACGCGGCAUUAUUGUCAAGAAAACACGACGGAUUCCAAGCCUCCAAAAAGUAUCAGCUCUGAAUUCAUCUCUGAGGCGAAGCCAGCUCGUUUUGCAGAAGCGUACGACAAAUUCGAAGCGCUGAAGGCAGCUCAGACACAACCUGAAGCCCCGCAGCGGUUCACGACGUUGCUCAGGAACUCCAAGUUCAUCCAGUUAGGCGAUCCAGAUGGGAAGAUCGUGAUCGGGAAGAUUUUCCAUGUCGUAGACGACGAUUUGUACAUAGACUUUGGUGGCAAGUUUCAUUGUGUCUGCAGAAGGCCAGCGAAAAAUUCUAGUGACUACAUCAGGGGAGCAAAAGUGAGACUUCGUCUGCACGACUUGGAGCUCUCGACCAGGUUCCUUGGAGCCGAGAAAGACUUAACCCUUCUCGAGGCAGACGCUACAUUGCUCGGCUUGGCCAGGUCUCUGACGAGUUCACGUUAG